AAGCGGAAACACGGACAGAUUAAAGUGUAGCACACGGAGAACCACGUGGACGGAGUGGAAAUGUCCUUCUCGUAAGCGUACUAGGUAUUGUCGGUUUGAAAAAAAAAAAAAGCCGACAUGGUCGUUAUAGAUUUAAUAUAUUAAAACAGCGAAGUAAAUUAUUUGGUCUCAAACUGCACGUUUCGCUUCAUCAUGGGGAAGUCGAAGACCAAGAACCAGAAAAAGGCCCGAGCAGAUGCCAACCAUGUGGCCGAGGAGACGUACCGGUCCGUUCCCCACUCGUUCGUCUUCCAUCGUGGUCAGGUGGGAAAAAAUGUGGCUCAGCUCAUCACGGAUGUAAGGAGAGUCAUGGAGCCCUACACUGCAGAGAAAUUAAAGGUCAGGAAAAAGAAUGUGCUGAAAGACUUUGUAGCCGUAGCGGGACCAAUAGGAGUGACGCACUUCAUGAUCUUCAGCAAGACGCCUGCCAGCGUUACCUUGAGGCUGGCACGACUCCCCAAAGGGCCCACACUCUACUUCAAGGUGCUCAAGUACACCCUGGUGAAAGACGUAGUGUCAUCUCUAAAGAAGCACCGGAUGCACGAGCAGCAGUUCACGCACCACCCGCUGCUCAUCCUCAACAACUUCGGAUCCGACGGCAUGCACAUCAAACUGAUGGCGACUAUGUUCCAGAACAUGUUCCCCUCCAUUAACGUGCACAAGGUCCUCCUCAACACCAUCAAGAGGUGCGUGCUGCUCAACUACAACCCGGAGACGCAGGAAAUAGAGUUCCGGCACUACAGCUUGAAGGUGGUGCCGGUGGGGAUGAGCCGUGGCGUCAAGAAGCUCAUGCAGGAGAGAUUCCCCAACAUGAGCAAGUUUGAGGACAUCAGCGAGCUGAUGAUGAAAGGGGCGAACCUUUCGGAAAGCGAAGCCGAACAAGACGGCGAGCACAACAUCACCGAGCUGCCGCAGGUGUACUCCGGUAGAGGCAACAUGGCGUCCGAGCAGAGCGCCAUCCGUUUGACGGAGAUUGGGCCUCGAAUGACUCUGCAGCUGACCAAGAUCCAAGAUGGCAUGGCGGGGGGUAACGUCAUGUAUCACGCCACCAUCUCAAAAACGGAGGAGGAAAUCCAGGAGAUCCUAGAGCGGAAGGAGGCCCAGUUAAAGGCCAAAGCGGAGCGCCGGAAGAACCAGGAGAAGAACGUCGCUCAGAAGAAAAAGCAAAAGGAGGAACACAAGAAGAAGAGCCUAGCAGGCAUCAAAAGGAAAGCAGAUAAUCAGGAGAAGGACAACGAGGUGGAGGAUCCGGGCGUGGAGGACAGUGGAGCGACGGCGGCGGCCGUGGAGUCGGACGACGAGGCCGAGUACUACAGGCAGGCCGUCGGAGAGGAGCCAGAUGAAGAUAUGUUCCCCGGAGCCAAGAAGAGGAGAAGCAAAGACGGACCUCAAGGGCCCGCCAGAAAGAUGAGGAAACUCUUUGGCGAUAAAACAUCCGGCCAAGAGAAAGGCGCAAAAAGAAGUUUCCCCGAAGGAAGGUAUAAGGACAAACAGGCAAAGAAAUUUGGCAACCAAGAGAAGAAACAGUUUGGAAAGAAACCGUCGCCUGGAGCAAAGCCAUUCCGAAAGAAAACGAGCGACGGGGAGAACAGGUUUGGCGGCAAGAAGAAAUUUGAAGGCAAAAGAACAUUUGCUGGAAAGACGGACAAAGGCAAAGCGUUCCAGUCAAAGAGUCAAAAGAGCAAAGAGGCCUUCAACAAGAGAGGCGGCGGGGGAGCCAAGCGAGGCUUCAAACACAGGAAGGGAAAAGCCUGAACGCUUUGAUUGUGCAACUUUGACUCUUUGCUGGUAAGCGGCAGAGGCGCAUGGACAAUUUUAUUCCAUUGUCACUGUACAGUUAUGGAAAUGCUCAUUUCUAAUAAAUCUCUAUAAAGAAAAA